UUUGCUUUGACAGUGAGAUUUAACUGGACUCCGGGCUUCUGUGCAUUUCGUCCGGCGUAUCUUGAGAACGUUGUCGGCGACUGUUGUUCCAGCUAGAAUUGUCGUGGGUGACGCCGUCACACUGGUACCGAAAGUUCAACCUUCAUUCUUGACAGAAAUGGAGACGCACGAGGCGAUACUGAUAAAACAAGGAGCCGAAGCGAGGGUGUACAAGAUGCCGUUUGGCGAGGGACGAUGCGCGAUCGUCAAGGAGCGAUUCAAAAAAGCGUAUAGGCAUCCUGUUCUCGAUGAAAAGUUGACGGCUCGCCGAGUGAUACAGGAAGCCCGAUGCCUGCAACGGCUGCGAAGAGCCGGUGUAGAUACCCCGACGGUGUACAUGGUCGAUACCCCAAAUAGCCUCAUAUAUAUGGAGUACGUAGACGGUUCAAGUGUCCGGGAUUACAUAAAUAGUAGAGCACCGAUGAACGAUGAUGAUGAGCGACUGCUUGCGCAAAGCAUUGGAAAAAGCCUGGCAGUCAUGCAUGACCUGGACAUUGUUCACGGGGACUUGACAACUUCUAACAUGAUAGUGCGAGAAGGUUCCCAGUCAUUGGUGUUAAUUGACUUUGGCCUGAGCAUGGUGUCAUCAAUGGUGGAGGACAAGGCUGUAGAUUUGUACGUAUUGGAAAGAGCAAUGAUUAGCACACACCCGGAUACAGAAGGAAUGUUCCAAUGUAUUUUGGACACAUAUGGCAAGUCCUCAAAAGGUGGCAAGGCCGUGAGAAAAAAACUGGAAGAAGUACGAAGAAGAGGACGCAAACGAACCGCUUUCGGAUAGAUGUUGUCCACAUCCAACCUAGGUUACUAUCAACAGCUGGCUACAAUGGCAGUCUAUUAGAUCGUCUUUUUUUUUUUUCUUUGCCUCGGGACCAUAUCCGAAAAUUGCAACACAAUGCAUAUGGUUUUGUAGCAAUGAGACGCCAAACGCGAGUAACUCAUCAUACCAUCAUGAUUGUAUUUCAUCGGAACGUUCUUUUCAUAACACAAAAUGCCCCGAAUGAAAAAAAUAAAAUAUAAACGACCAGUCAUAUUUCAAUCUCGC